UUAAAAAUAAUUUCUUGUCAAUACAAAUAUUGAAACUCCUCUCUCAACUUGGAACAAAUGGAACCAGAACUUGAAAAUUCUGAGAUUUCCAACUUCAAAAAACCCUUUAAGAACAAGUGUGAAAAUAUUAAAAGGUUUACUGAUGAGCAAGUGAAGUUACUUGAGUCCAUGUUUAAACUAGGGACAAAGAUUGAGCCAAGAGAGAAGCUGAAAUUAGCAAGAGAACUCGGGUUGCAACCACGCCAAGUAGCUAUUUGGUUUCAGAACAAAAGGGCUAGAUGGAAAUCGAAGCAAUUAGAACACGAAUAUCGCAUACUUCAAUCGAAUUUUGACAAUUUAAAUAUGCAAUUUGAAUCCUUGAAGACAGAAAAGGAGAGAUUACUCAUUCAGUUGGAGACAUUAAAUGAACAGCUAGAAAACAACAACGCUCGAGGAAGCGGAAGUCAAGAUUCAAGAGACAGUGAAUUGCAGCAUACAAGUCCAGAAAAUGGAUUUACAGAGUUAGAAUUGAAGGAUUGUUCAGGUUCGAGAUUUGAUCACAAGAGUGUAAAUGAAGAGGAUGAUGACACAAGAGAUAAAUACUUCACUCCCAAAGAAGAAUCAGAGUUUUGGAACCUGGAGGAAUUAGGAGACAAUAAUAAUUCCUUAGAACAUUGGUGUGUUGGCUUAGGCAGUAUUUCGAAUUCCAAGUUGUGGGACUUUUGAGCCUCACAGAUUGUACUUAAAUUUCAUAAAGUAGUACAGUAGAAUAGAAGGAAGGAAUAUUUAUUUAUCUCAGCUAUCUCGGUUUCUCUA